GCAGAGCGAGCAGCCAUGGCGCGGGCGGGGCGGGCGGCGGCGGCGCGGCGGGGCAGCCCCGGCGGCACCAGUAGCACCAGUAGCGCCAGUAGCACCGCCACCAGCCGCCCCGCACAGCUCCUGUAGCCGCGGCGGGGGCCCCGCGGAGCUGGCGAGCCGGGGCUCGGCGGCGGCAGGCGGCGGCGGCGGCGGCGGGGGGGCUCAGCAGGCGGUGGCCGCCCCGCCGCCCAAGAGGAUGAAGAAGCGCAAGGAGCUGAACGCCCUGCUGGGGCUGGCCGCCGACGGGCGCCGCAAGAAGGCCGCCAAGAAGGGCUCCGGGCACCGGCUGCUGCGCACCGAGCCCCCCGCUUCCGACUCGGAGUCGAGCUCCCCCGAGGAGGAGGAGGAGGAGGAGCUGGGGGGGGCGCGGGGCCGCUUCGCCAAGGGAGACUAUCUGCGAUGCUGCAAACUCUGUUACCCGUUAUGCGCUUUUGUCAUUCUUGCUGCCUGCGUGGUGGCUUGUGUUGGCUUGGUCUGGAUGCAGGUAGCUCUCAAGGAGGAUCUGGAUGUGAUAAAAGAGAAAUUUCGAACUAUGGAAUCUAAUCAAAAGACGUCAUUCCAAGAAAUUCCUAAACUCAAUGAAGAUUUGGUGCAGAAGCAAAAGCAGCUAGAACAAAUUGAGACUGGAGAACUGGGGCUAAGUAAAAUUUGGAUAAAUAUCACGGAGAUCAAUAAACAGAUUUCCCUAUUGACCUCAACAGUAAAUCAUCUCAAAACCAACAUAAAGUCCGCUUCUGAUCUGAUUUAUCUUCCUGUCACGGUAGAGAAACUUCAGAAGACUGUGGCGAACAUAGGUAGCACUCUUACCAGCGUUUCUCAUGAUGUUGAAAACAUACAGACAGCUAUUGAAGAAUACAAGAAAUCCAUAGAAAUACUCCAGAAUGAAGUGAAGGAACUGAAACAGCUAACUUCAUUUCCUUCCACUGUUCUGCCAAGGACUGAGAGAAAUCAGACAGAAAAUUGCAAACAGGAAAGCCAGUCACUCCAUGCAGCUUUGGAGGAGCUAAAUAAUUCUGUAGUGGCGUACCAGAAGUUGAAUGAUAUCAAGCUUCUAAAUGUGGAUUCAGCCAUUGGUAACCUCAGCCGGAGGGUUACGCUGUUGGAAAACUCUCCCGUUGCUGUGAAUAAACUGGACAAAAGAGACAACUUGUCUACCAGUGCGGGGAAUGAUACAACUACCUCUCUAAAAGUGGAAAAUGAAGAUCAACUAGAUAAUGAAACACAUUCAAAUAAAGAACUGAAGGAACCAGGAACCAGAGAUUCUCAGGUAUUAAAACUAAGAGAGAAGCUUCAGCUGAUCAGUGCUCUCACAAGCAAACCAGAAGAUGACCGUCCCAUUGAGGCAUCAAAGAAUGUUGAAAGUAGUUUGAGUACUACGGCAAAGCCCACAGACCUUUCAAGGCUGACUUCAAGGUCAGCUGAUGACAACACAGAGAAGAACGGACAGCUGAGACAUCUGUCCUUGCCAGAAAUUUCCAGCAUAGAAGAUCUUCAGAAUUUGUUUGAAAAAGCACCUGAAGAUGCUGAUGGAAAACUGUCUUUUGAAGAUCUUCAAAAGCUGCUUGGCUCUAUAGCCCAGGAUUCAGAGAUCUUGAAGAAAUUUGACACAGAUGGAGAUGAGAAAUACUCAUUACAAGAACUGAGAUUAGCUUUAGGUAUAUAGGAGAUACAUAUAUUUAGAAAUGUGAUAUUGAUGGACGCUACUGUAGCUAAAGGAAACUACGGGAUAUGAAAAAACUGUCUGCACUUUCCCAGUGUUUUACUGAUCUUUGGAGUGAAAUUACUGUACACAUUGCCACCUUUUUUUUAUUUUAUUGAAAACAAAUUACAAGUUUAGAUGUCGACAGGACAUAAUAUUGGGACUGUUAAAAUCCAGAAAAUUCCCACACUUGUUUAGAUGCAUUUCUUGGUCAUUCUUUCUGAGGGAGUUCUUGUUUUUAAUUUAAAAUACAAAAAUAAAACUAUGGUUUUAUAUUUCACUGAAAUUUGCCUUAAAUUAGAGAGUUGCACUUUAUGUAAAGCAGAAAGAGAUCUGUCUUGUAAAGAUGGGCUUUCUCUGCUUGUAAAUAUUUGAAAUAGAGUAAAUUAUGCAUAUUUAAGGGGAGGUUUGCGUCAGGGGCUGCGUUGGUAGUAAACUUUAUAAUGAGAGAUUUGGCUAAAAGGCAUAGUUGAGAGCUUCAACUAAAAUUCUAGUUUUGACUAAGUAUAUCCAUGAAUGAGUUUGGACUCAGGCAGAGGAAGGAAGGAGUGGUAAACUAUGUCCAUCUAUAGCAGGACUUACUUUUAGAGGGAAGAGUUGAAUGUGUUUUUCUAUCAUGAGCCUACAGGAGCAAUUGCCUACCAAGUGCUUGGGUUUUCACUUCAGCAUUCUUUUAGCUUUGCUGUAUUGCGUCCAGAUUACAUUUUGUGAGAUGAGCCUAUCUUUUUUUGUUUUUAAAAAAAAAGCUACUGAAUAACAGAUACCUAAGAGGUAAAAGUCUGCGAUGCAGCCUGCUGAGUAGCACCUGGAUAGUUCAUACCCCUGCACGCUGUGCAGGGAGCAGUCAGAGGUGUGUUGAGUCUCGCUGACUGGUGGUCACCAGAGAUCUUGUGAAUGAGGUUGCCAGUGCUGCUGGCUUCUUCCACCCCCUGUUGGUGGGGUCACUGAUGAAGAGCCCUGAGUAAGGCUCCUUGUCAGUAGGAUUGUGAGUAGGUGGGAGUGGCCUGGAGUAGAACUUGUGGGUUGUUUUCUGUCUAACGUGCAUGAGAUUGCUUCUUGGUACCUAACUUUUGUCUUUGUCAAAGAAGGAUGUACAAGGCAGGACAGGAUUGUAUAAUCACAUCAAUGCUCUCUACUGAUGAGUGCUUUUUAAAUGAGGUUUCACUAGGGUAGAGGAAUUUCAGGGUGUGUUUAUAGUAGUGGAUGUAAACACUGUGUUUAUAACCUUCUUGAAUGUAAAAAAAAAAAAAUUAAAAUAAAAUGGAGAAGGGAUUCUUUUGCAGGCCAGGUCAGAGCCACAUCAGGUGAUUUUGUUCACAGUAUCACUGAUCUUGUUGGGAGUCUUUUUUGCAUGAUUAGUGAAUGGAAAUUACCCACCUCACAGAAACAUCAGUUUAUGUGGAAGUCAGUUGAUAACUGUUGAAUUUUGUGUAACUUUGGAUUGGAUGUUUAUAGUUUUAUUAAUAAUUGUAUUCUGGAAGUGUGUAUCAGUGAAGGAAUGCGCAAAAUGAAACCCUUUUAUUCAUUGCUUAGGCUUCUUUCACUGUUGCUCUUCUGUCCUAUUUGGGUAAUGCAGACGUGACCUGCUAAGGAGAUGCUUUUGAUGUGACAUUUUAAAACACAGUAUUUAAAAACAAAUUAAAACCAACCAACCUUGGCUUUAUGAGGACAAGAAGCUAAUAUCUGCUUCUUGCAGCUUCCCAUACUCUUUUAUACACUUAUAUAUAAUUCCUUAACCAAAUAAUAAAAAAAAAAAAGCAAUAAAAUGUAACCGUUCUGGUAUUUUAUUUGUACAUAGUGUAUCAUAGCCAUAUGCCAGAGUUUGCAAAAUAUUUUUGGAAAUUUGAUUUGUAUGAAAACUACCUUAAAUUAUAAGGGAUUAUUGUGCUGCCAUGCGAAUCUACCAGUGUUUUGUUUUGAUACAGUCUGCUUUACUUUUGGAAGGCUUUUCAACAGCAAUAGUGAAAUUUGUCAGCUGAGCUUGUCUUGAGAAUAGCGUGUGCUGCUCCAGACACUGGUGUCUUGUGUACGUGGCCAGGGAACUGAGUCGCAAUUGAUAAGCGAUUGGCAUUCAGGCACAGCUGUUCAGUGGUGCUGCUUAACUUGCAUGUCAAGAGCAUGGUCAGUUGCUAAUUGCUGUAGUCACUGCAGUGUAGGGUGGACUUGUGCUUUGAGUUUAAUGAACCAUGACCAUCCGGGAGUGCAGCAGUAGCUUUUGCUCGACCUAGACUAGCCGGCAGCUCUUUGUUGCAGCCUCAGAGCGUGGUGCCGUGAUCCCUUCAGGUUUUCUGCCAUCCCUCCAGUCUCCAUCCCGCAUGCUUCUCGCUGCAGGAUUCUCUGCUCUCGUGUGUUUGUGCUGCAGGUGGCAGGGACAAAGAACGCACCUGUCUGGAUCUGUGCUGGCAGUGAGGAGCUGGUGGGACGCUUGUGGCUUCACGUUGUGGUCCUAGGAGCCCCAAAACCUUUGGCCUGCCCUUGGGUAGCAAGUGCUGGAGGGACAAGGUCUGAAAUCAAGAGGUGACGUGAUGGCAGUGGGCACGUUAGGGAUAAUUUAGGACUCGGGGGGGUGAGCAGGAGACGUGACUCGGUGUCGGAUGGUCUGAGAGGCUCACGAUGCUGUGACAAGCGUGUCCCUGUCCCUGGCACAGGGCAUGGCGAGGGACGAGGCCGGCGCGGUGCUGAGGGACAGGCUGCUCCCAGGUGACAGCAGGAGCACGGUGACGCUCCAGAGACGCUCUGUGGUGUUCGGUCUCAUUUCCAGCUUGUAUUCUUUCUAUAUUUUCGGUCACUCCUGUGUCGGGACCACUUUGUACCUUCACUUUGCCAAGUUUCGCUGCUGCCCUGUACCCGUUUCGGAAACGUGUAGCGGCUUCACCGGUCCGCGCGAGCUGGCUGAACCCCCACACCCGUUACCGUGUGCCGCGGCUUUAAUUUACCUCAAUAAAAGCUCAUUUUUAGCCUGCGUGUGUCUCUC